AUGUGGCUGUUCCUGCCGCUGCUGCUGUGCUGGGGCCGCGCUGGCGGCGGCGCCCCGGGGGAGCCCUGCUGGGAAGCGCUGCUGCGCUGCCAGGACGAGCCGGACUGUGGCUCCGCCUACAGCCAGUCGCAGGCGGCCUGCGAGCCGGUGCUGGCCGGGGCCGGAGGAGGGGAGCCCCCCGGCGGCUGCCCCAGCCACUGCAUCGGGGCGCUGGUGCGGCUGAACGGCAGCCGGAGCGGCCCGGCCCUGGAGCGCUGCGAGUGCGGGCAGGACGCGCGCUGCCGCCGGCUGAAGGCGGCCAUCGAGCCCUGCCUGCCCCGGCCCUCCCGCAGCGGCCUGGGCUGCACGGCCGCCCGCUUCCGCUGUCAGCAGGAGCCCGCCUGCCGGGAGCCGCUGGACACCUACUUGGCCCGCUGCGGGCAGCUCUUCAACGGGCGGCGCUGCACGGCCGCCUGCCGGGCCGCCAUGGGGCAGCUGCUGGCCGCGCCGGGGGGCCCCGCGCUGGAGCGCUGCGUUUGCGACGGGCCCGAGCGCCCCUUCUGCCAGGUGCUCAAGGCCAACAUGGGCCGCCUGUGCUCCGGGCCGCCCGCCGAGCCGGGCCCGGACGAGGACUACCGGGACGAGGAGCGGCUUCUGCGGGAAGAGGACGAGGGGCCGGGCGCGGGAGGCGCCUGGGUGCGCUCCGGGGGCCGCUCUCGGGACGCGCCGGCCUGGCGCGCCCUGGCACUGGGGGCCCUGCCGCUGGGGCUCCGGCUCCUCUCCUGGCCCUAG